GCAACAUCGUGUACCGCGACCUAAAACCGGAAAAUCUGUUAUUGGAUGGACAAGGAAACAUUAAAAUCACCGACUUUGGGUUUGCCAAGCGUGUGACCGAACGCACGUUUACGUUGUGUGGCACCCCAGAGUAUCUGGCUCCGGAAGUCAUUCAAAGCAGAGGCCAUAAUAAAGCUGUGGAUUGGUGGGCGCUUGGCAUUUUAGUGUAUGAAAUGCUGGUUGGUUAUCCGCCGUUUUUUGAUGAGAGUCCCUUUAAAAUAUAUGAAAAGAUUCUGGAGGGCAAGCUGCAGUUUCCGCGUUGGGUUGAGGCACGGGCGAAGGAUCUUAUCAAGGGUCUGCUGGUGCUUGAGCCCACAAAGCGCCUUGGCUCGCUAAAUCGUGGCACCCAAGACGUUAAGCGACACAAAUUUUAUAGCGGAGUAGAUUGGGAUAUACUUUUACAGAAAAAGGUAACACCGCCCAUUCCUGUGCGGCUAACUAAGGAAGGGGAUACACGCUACUUUGACCGCUAUCCAGAGAGUCCCCGCCAUCCGUUGCCACCUCUGACGGCAAAACAACAAGAGAUGUUUGCAGGGUUUUGUGACGGAGAGUAUACCAAAGCGUAA